AACGAUGUGCUCAGCCUCAGCUGUUACAUUACAUUAUCCAGAAGUUACUGCCUUUUGAAUGGAUGACACUCGAUACAAUUAACACAGUGAUUGCUACUUGUUAUUUGAAUUUAGGAAAUAGCUCAGGUAACCAUCAAACAAUAUUAGUUUUGGUGUCACACUGCUUUGAUAUCAAACUGGUGGAAUCACACCUAUUACAACAAACCUCACAUUCUUCUAUUUAAUUGCCUUUACCUUCACUUCGCAUUAGUGUUCAUUUUUCGUUUGAUCCCUGUGGGUUUUUGUAGUGAAAACGUCGCCAUAUUGGUACGGGCAACUUCCUCAUAUAUCAAAAUAUGUGAGCUGAUCACAAUGCAUCUCAGUCAAAUUCCAUUAAGCGGACAAAAUGAAAUAAUUAAAAUGAUUUAAUUAAAUGUAAUUACAAAUAAAAACAAUACAUAUGGAUACAUUUUUGGCAAGAAUUUAUACACAUACUAGUGUUUUGCAUAACCAAUAACUUUUUUUUAUAUUAUUCCAAAGCAGCCUCUUUCGCUUCGUACCGCCCCGUUUUUUUCUACAGGGUAUUAACCGGACCAAUAUGGCGGCGACGCUGACGAGUGAUUCAGGUGCUGGCGCGGCGUCUACGUAUGCAUGUCAGCGGCUAGCGGAGCAGCUUAAAUAUGGUAACAUGGAUCCAGUGUAGGUGCAGUCUGAUGUCGUUGUUCUCUGUAGCUGCGGGCUAUGGCGGACGAUAUUGUCGCGUCGCUAACUGUCAAUCUGCAAUCUCCCGAGGCACCGCUUAAAAACAAAGGUUAUCAGUCAAACGUCUCUGUGCGCAAACUUUGAAGCGAGUGGGUCUGCUGCUGUUGCUGCCGUAGACGCAUUAAAGCGAAGGUUUGGGUUUUUUUUUUGUCCAAUUAAAGAAAGAGGUGUGUGCAAAGACAGAUAAAGACAAGGGACAUUGUUUUAAUGCCACGCUUCUGAUGACAACUGCUGUAGAAGAGCUGAGAGACAGAAGCUCACAGGUCAAUGGAGAGAGAGCUGUUGUGGCAGAUAUCUCAUCUUGGAAGCGUUCCCAGCAGCCACUGCAAACUGAGAAGCUGAUUACUUCCUCGACCAACAAGAAGAUGGAAUAACUUUGAAGUACUCUGUUGGCCCCUUCCCUCCCCUGAAAUCACACACCUGCUGGACCUUUCUGGGCAGGUGUAAUGGCUGGCAACAGGCAUUCUCUGCUGCGCCUCCUGUCACCAUUUCGUACCCGCCAGGAACGAGUGGUGCUGGCCCGCAGCGAGAGUCUGUCGGGGGAGCAAGUGCUGAAGGUCACAGUCACUGAGACAAUAGUAAUUGAGACUGAGUCUGGCGUGUGGAACCUGCGCUCCAUGACCUACCUGAGUGUCUGGUACUUCUUUAGCUUUUGCACACUCUUCCUCAACAAGUACAUCCUGACCCUGUUGGAGGGAGAGCCCAGCAUGCUUGGUGCAGUUCAGAUGAUGUCCACCACAAUCAUUGGCUGUUUGAAGAUGUUUGUCCCUUGUUGUCUGUAUCAGCACAAGACCAGAAAUGAGUAUCCACCGAACUUCAUCAUGAUCAUGUUGUUUGUGGGACUCAUGAGGUUUACUACCGUGGUUUUGGGCCUGGUGAGCUUGAAGAACGUGGCGGUGUCGUUUGCUGAGACGGUGAAAAGUUCAGCGCCUAUCUUCACUGUCAUCAUGUCCAGGCUGAUCCUGGGGGAGUACACAGGAUUGUGGGUAAACCUGUCCCUGUUUCCCGUCAUGGCCGGCCUGGCCCUCUGCACCGCCACUGAGGUCAGCUUUAACAUGCUGGGCUUCUCCGCCGCUCUCUCCACCAACGUCAUGGACUGCUUGCAGAAUGUCUUCUCCAAAAAGCUGCUCAGUGGAGACACGUACAAGUUCAGUCCUCCAGAGCUCCAGUUCUACACCAGUGCUGCAGCAGUCAUCAUGCUCAUACCUGCCUGGGUGUUCCUCCUGGACAUUCCAGUGAUUGGGAAAAGUGGGCGGAGCUUCAUCUUCAGUCAGGACAUUGUAUUGUUGCUACUUUUUGAUGGCUGCCUGUUCCACCUGCAGAGUGUUACCGCCUACGCUCUCAUGGGACGCAUUUCCCCCGUUACUUUCAGUGUUGCCAGCACAGUCAAACAUGCCUUGUCAGUGUGGCUGAGCAUCCUCAUCUUCAGUAACCAGGUGACCGUCCUCAGUGCCGCUGGUACUGCCCUCGUCUUCAUUGGUGUCGUCUUUUACAACAAGGCCAGACAACAACAGAGGGAGAACUUAAAGGCCAUGGCUGCUGAGCAGAACCACUACAGGCCACUGCUGGAGGACCAGAAGGACCAGAUGUCUCCAUCUCUAUGAGGACCUGUUGCAUUGAAAUGGAUCAAGUUGAAUAGCUUUCUCACCACAAUUGGGAGCUGGAAUCAAACCUGCAACCUUAUGGGUUGAGGCAAACAAACCAGACAAACACUUGAAAUGGGACCAGUCAGUUGAGUCAUUAAGGGUAAAGUUCCUUCUUCCAGAUAAAAUAACUGGAUAUUUGAAACACUGCAAUCUCUGCUGUGCAUCAGCAGCUUCAUCGACCUGAGCCAUGUGUUCACUCUGGUCGAAGUCCACAUUCUGUACGGUUCAGUGUGUGAAGGAACCAAUAGAGUGUUGAGGUGAAGGCACAUGUCACCUUAUCUGUAGUGGCUGUGAAACAUUAGCAUAAGCUGCUUUUAAAGUGGGUACAAACAAAACACCACACCUCCACGUCACUUCCAAGUAAAUAAAGUAAGGGAACAGUAGGGAGAACAAUUUUAUUCCAUUUCCACUGGUGGAUACAUGUUCACCCUUAUACUGUUGACAACCACUUCCAUUAAGUUCUGCAAUGAACAUGGUAGACAUGUUCUAAAGGAUUGUUGCCAUAUGUCCAGAACAAGUGCCUGAGGACAUGUUGUGUUAAACUGUGGAUGAACUGACUGCUUAGGCGUUUUUAACUGCUGGGCACAGUGUGGCCUUAAAGCUGCUGAACAGUUGGUGGGUUCUUCAACAAUACUGUGGGAUCAAGGCGCUUCCCUUUGCCACUAACCUCUAGGACCACUAUCUUUUUCUCCAGGAUUAGUCUCGGGUCACUGACUGGAGUUCCUCUAAGUUUGGAAUCUAAGUAAAACUACAAGUCAACCUCAUUAGGCAUUGGCUUUCAUCGAUCAUGUGCUCAAAAUAUUAUUACAAGUGCAAUGUAACAGUAAUUGGUUCCUAACAGAGUCAACUGUGUAUUGUUUAUCAUUGUGAGCAACAUACAGACACUCGCAUGCCUUCUGAACUAUGUGGUGCCACAAACAAUCACCUGUGACAGCUCCUGGCUCUAAGAUCUGUUGGGGAAGCUGGACGUGGGUGAUCUGAAUGUUGUCCAUUUCUCAGUUCAUCUAUGCACGUUCACUGUGUUACAGAGCAGGUUGCCUGUGAGCCUUUUAUUGUACCACAGCUGAAGGCUUGGAGAGCAUCCAGGUUUGGAUUGUUACCAACGCUGACCUGAAGGUCACAGAGUUACAUUACUGUCUCUACAAAUCGAUCUCGGUUCGAUCUUGUUAUGCAACAAUGACAUAAUCACAGAGUCGUGUCACGUGCUUAACGGCUUAGUAGUUUCAUUGCCCUUGUAAGGAUAUUUUGAGCAUGUGAAGACAGAAAAAAAAUUGCUAAAAUUGGCUUUGCAAUAACUGGUAUAAUUUAGUCCAUGUUGGACAAGAUGCCAUCAUGUGGACAACACUGAGUACAGCACUGAUCUUUAACAACAAUGUGGUCAACGACUAGAUUUCUCACUCGGCAAUAAGAAAGUCCAAAGGAGGUUCUGAUGUCCACUUAUUUCAUAAACCACUAAAUUUUGAUGAACUAGUUUUUGGAAGUUGUUGAUUAAAAAUGCCAAAUUUAUUUCUUAAAAAGGAACAACAUGUUUUUUUUUUCCUUGGGUUCUUUUCUGUGUCUUUAAAACAACUUGGUAGCCUGAGGCAAGCUCCAAAGACUGUCUCAUUUGGAGUAGUGUGAUCAAGUCACCUUCUAGUCCUGUGGAACUGUACACAUGUCCCUGUAACGGUACAGGGGACUUUAAUCAUUCCUGAUUGUCCUGUGCUUUCAUGGAAAAGCUGUGUUCAGAGAGGAAAGGAAAAGCUCAGGGUGUGACUUCUGUGAGCCUCAUGGUUUACAUUUCAGUGUCACCUGUGGUACAGCAGCUGCAGCUGAAUGUCAGUUACUGUAAAUAUCAGUGAAAUGGUUAAAAAAAUCAAAUUCAGAUUAAUCUGUCUUUUAAUAUAUAAGGAAGAAAUCCUGUGGUCAUUUAUAAAUUACAAGGUAAGAAUCUAGCUUUGGCAUGUGUGCCUAAGACCGUACAUAGGAAAUGACAAGCCCUUCAGUUGUUAGGGUAAAACCCACAAAGAUUAGAAGUGCACCUUCACCACUAGGGGCUUGGUCCAUAUCUUGUACAUGGGUUGUUUUGUUUUUUUGUUUGUAUCUUAUCCAGCCAAAUCUUUGACUGGUCAUCCAAUACUACCGAAGAACAGUUUGAUAAAAUACAAAUGGCAUUCUGGGAAUGCAGCAUGUUGGAUUUUUGCUAGGCAUUCAGGGAAUGCUGCACUAUCAGGAAAUGUUAUGUUAUUUUAAAACUUAAAACUCACCAACUCAGCCUAACCCAGUGCAUGCUGGGUGAUGAUAUAAAGAAUUACAAGUGAAAUAAAAACAAUCUGGUUAC